AUGGACCCACACCCAAAGGUCCCCAGCAUAUAUGAUAGGGAUACUUUACAGAUUCCUGAGAAUGAAAAAGCUAUUCAGUAUGAGGACCAGUUAGAAAGGCAUGAGGACAAGCCUGAAGAAGAAAGAUGGUAUAAAUGCAGUGAGUGUGGAAAGAAGUUUGCCCAGAGCUCAAGCCUUGUUCGACAUCGGAGAAUCCACACCGGAGAGAAACCCUAUGAGUGUGAUGACUGUGGAAAAGCCUUCAAUGCGCGCUCAACCCUCACUGUGCAUAAAAGAAUCCACACUGGUGAGAAACCCUAUACUUGUAAUGAGGGUAGGAAAGCAUUCAGUGUGAGGGCGCACCUAAUUAUACAUCAGAGAAUCCACAAUGGAGAGAAACCCUAUGAAUGUAAUGAAUGUGGCAGAGCAUUUAGUGUGAGCUCAGACCUCAUCAAACAUCAGAGAAUCCACUCUGGUGAGAAACCUUAUGAGUGUGAUGAGUGUAGGAAAGCCUUCAGCAUGAGCUCAGACCUCAUCAAACAUCAGAGAAUCCACACAGGAGAGAAGCCAUAUGAGUGUAAGGAGUGUGGGAAGGCCUUCUAUGUGAACUCAGCCCUUAUUAAUCACCAGAGGAUUCAUUCUGGAGAAAAGCCCUAUAAGUGUGGAGAAUGCAGGAAAGCAUUCAGCCAGAUCUCAACUCUUAUUCUUCAUCAGAGAAUCCAUACUGGAGAGAAACCAUACGAGUGUGACGAGUGUGGGAAAGCAUUCCAUGGGAGCUCAAGUCUCAUUGAACAUAAGCAAAUUCAUUUUGGACAGGAACCUUAUCUAUGUCACGAAUGUGGCAAAGCCUUUAAGUUCUCUGAUAGCCUUGCUAAACAUCAGAGAAUCCAUACUGAAGAGAAAACUUAUUGGUUUAAAGAGUAUAAUACUGUAGGAUUCAUUGUGUUUCGAGUCUGGUCACCCGCCAAAGAACCCACAAUGGAAAGCACCAUUAUGAAUGUAGAGUGUCCCAAGACCCAUCCUGCCCUGCUGAAGCAGUUCUAUGAAGGGGUGGUAGAUUAUGAGUAUACAUGA